UGGCCAGCAGGGGGAGCAUAGCGGGGUCUGGGCUCACAUGGAUGUCUGCACUGCCCAUAGGAUGUUUGGGGCAUGUUUGCAGCACAUGUUCCUGUGACUUCCUCUCUCUGUCGUGCUGCAGCCUAUACGGGUUUCUCUGCUGUACGUGCAUCUGAUUCACUGUCACCACCAGGAAUCUCCACAGACCGCGCGUCUGGCACAUGCUGGAGAGUCGGGGAUGGCUGCAGGAUUCAAGACAGUAGAACCAUUAGAAUAUUACAGAAAAUUUCUAAAAGAGAAUUGUCGACCUGAUGGACGAGAUCUAAAUGAAUUUAGGACAACCACAAUAAAUGUUGGCUCUAUUACGACAGCAAAUGGUUCGGCUUUAGUGAAGCUUGGGAACUGCACUGUAAUCUGUGGCAUUAAAGCAGAGUUCACGACCCCUGCAAUAGAUGCUCCUAAGAAGGGAUACAUUGUUCCUAAUGUAGAGCUCACCCCAUUGUGCUCCCCCCGGUUCCGCCCCGGACCUCCUGGAGAAGAGGCUCAGGUUGCCAGCCAGUUCAUUGCAGAUGUCAUCGAAAAUUCACAGAUAAUAGAGAAAGAAGAGCUGUGCAUUGCGAACAACAAACUUGUAUGGGUUCUGUACUGUGACCUCAUAUGUCUGAACUAUGAUGGGAAUCUCCUGGAUGCCUGCACAUGUGCAUUGGUUGCUGCACUAAGGAAUGUGCAAUUGCCAUCCGUUAAAAUAAAUGAAGAGACCGGCUUGGCUCAAGUGCAAUUAACAUCAAAGAAUGCCCUGAAAAUUCACAAACAGCCGGUUUCUACAUCAUUUGCCGUAUUUGAUGACACACACAUCCUGGUGGACCCAACAGAUGAAGAAGAGAAUUUAGCCACUGGGCUACUGACCAUUGUGAUUGACGAAGAUGGAAGGUUAUGUACUGUUCGGAAACCAGGUGGGAGCGCCCUUUCAGCAGAGAAACUUCAGGACUGUAUCAGUCGAGCAGUCACCAGACACAAAGAGGUGCAGACUCUGCUGGACGAAGUUCUGCUCAGUGUUGAGACCAAAUAAAGUUUUUUUUUCUUUUUCUUUUAUGAACAUGUAAAAAGCUGUAUUUGUUAUAGUGAUGCGCACCUUUUUUUAUACUAAAUAAAACAAUCCCUUUGCUACAAGUAAAGUGUUCUCUAUACAA